ACCAAAAGACCCCACAUCGUCUCUUCCCCACAUUCGAGUUGGAAGGGCAGUGACGUUCGGGAGGGCGGAAACGGACCGCACCAGAUAGCGACCUCACCUCCUUCCAUAUUUUCGGAGAUUCUGAACACGUUGUGUAACGCGAGUCUUUGAUAUUCGUCAGCAUGAGCAAUAGCAAUCAGAAAGAAAGUGUCAGAGUACUGGUCACAGGCUUCGGGCCCUUCCCUCGCGGAAACGGCAAAAACUACGCCCAAAACACCUCCCACGAAAUCACAAAAUUACUCCCACACACCCUAUCCGCAAACUCCCGCUUCAACCCCACCGGCGCACGUAUCGAUAUCAUAAACCCGACUUCCGCAGACGGACAAGCGGUCAAAGUGGAGUACGCACAUAUCCGUGAUUACGUAUCCGGUCUCCACGACACACACGGAAACAAUGUAGAUUUGAUUCUGCACAUGGGUAUGGCGGACGGAUGGAAUUUCAUCUCCUGUGAGCGCAGAGCUUACAAACAAACUUUUACCUCUUGUUGGGGUGCUGCUGGGCGUAUUCUAGGAUUGGGUAGGUAUUAUCGCAUCAAAGAUUUCGCUGGCGAGACUGUAGACGAUGCUGGGGAAUGUCCUUGGGGGGAAGAUGUACCUAUGGGUUUGUGCACGGGGUUUGAUGUUGAUUUGUUGGUUGAAGAUGCGGGAAAAACGUUGAAGGAAAGUUUUGGGAGGGAUGUUAGGGGGCAUGAGGAUGGAGGGACGUAUUGUUGCGGGUUCAUUUAUUAUGAGAGUUUGGCUAACAAGUUUACGAAAGGAACAUCUGCAGAAGUGCUCUUCUGUCACGUUCCUGGCGAUCUUGAUCAAUUCAGUCUAAAAGCUGGCGCGAACUCCAUCUGUGCCAUCAUUGGUGCUGCGGCUUCUCAAAUCUUGGAAGAGCGUAAGCAUAAAGCGCCUCAACAACCUGUCGUCGUAGGGAGACAGCAGGAGCAACAACCCAUCGUUCAGGAAGAGCCUGGCAAUAGCACUGUAUCCGCCCAACAGAGACAACGGGCUAUGGAAAUGAUGGCUUCUGGAUUCGGCGGCGAGCGAGCCAUCCAAGCCACGAAAUAUAGUGCUUGAGUUUGUGAGUGUGAUCUGAACUUCUUGGGUUUCUUCGUGACAGACAAUGUCAGAGUUACCAUCAAAUCUACUCUUGUUCCUUUUCUCGUGC